AUGUUUCGUCGUGCAGAUGCUCGACUUUUGUGUCUGAUUGUCGCCACUGGCGCAGCAACGGAUCCAUUCGUGGCUUCCACAUGGCUCACGCUGCUACUAGCAGCAGUGGGUGACCAUCGACGUCUACUUAGGGCGCGUCUACCCAACAAAAGAUUGGUAGUUCAUUGUGGCAGUAACGGUUUGGCCUGCAAUGUGGUGUUUGAUAUGCAGAUGAGUUGCUGA